AUGCUACCCCUCAAGUCCCGCCAGGAUCGGCGGCUGUGGCGCCGCCGAUCCAGGCGGGACCUCCUGCCCCUGAAGAUGCGAAGUUUUCGGCGGCUGCGCCGCGGUCGCAAGAGGCGGCAGCCCCUACCCAUGGGGUCGGAGCAGCGGCGGCAAGCGGCGUGGUACAAAAAGUCUGAAAAAGUUGGCGUCACCGUUGCCGAUGGCGGCGUGACGAACCAAAGGGCGAGGGGACAGAUGAACUUGGUAUACAAGCGCAUGUUGUUCGAGGCCCUCCUGGAGAAGGUGAGGGAUUCGCACCGGCUCAGCCAUAGAGGGGCGAAAUUCACGUGGAAGACGAGAGCGGUGGACUACAUUACCGAGCAAAAACCCCUGUUCGAGUCCGUCCGCAAGAAGUGGCUGCAGCUGCCUCAAGAAUCGAGGAUGAAGUACAGGUGCGCCAACUACCUGGACACCCCCUUCCCGACGGAGUCCACCGCUCGGUACUGGUUCAACGAAUGCAGGACGGCCUACCACAAACACAGGCAAACGCCGAAGGGAAACGAUAAAGGCCGAUUCUGGACUGACUACUCCCCGGUUUUCGAAUCAAUCCUCAAGCUCAUGGAGUCCUCCUCCAACGACGGCAACGGCGAUGCGGCCAGAGAUGACGCUACCGAGAGGAGCACAGCAGGCUAAAGCCGAGAGGGUGAGAUGAAGAACGAUUGGCCUAGUCGACGGC